GGGAGGGAAGGGAGAGGGAGACGGAGAGGGAGAGGGAGAGGGAGAGAAGGGAGAGAGAGAGGGAGGGAAGGGAGAGGGAGGGAAGGCACUGGAGAACAAGAGCAAACCAGUAAAAGAAAAGGAAGGGGCAGGAGGGGGAAAGGUUAAAGAGAAAAGCAAGGAGGUGGAGAAGCAAGGAAAGACCAAAAGAAAGAGUGGCGUGAAUCACACCGCCUCUACCCCAUCCUCUGUGGCCCGACCCCGGAGCUCUGCCCGCUCUGCCCGGCCUUCCACUAAAAAAGACAUCAUAGCAAAGUUCCAGAAAAAUGACUCUGAGACACCGGUUGUCUGCAACUUCAAACUUCAGAGAUCAUCUAUGGCUGUGGCAAACGGGGGGUCAAUCAAACAGAAAGUGCUUUCCUGGUGUCAAAACAAAACACGCAAAUACGAGGGUGUUUCCAUAGAGAACUUCUCAUCAUCGUGGUGUGAUGGGCUGGCGUUCUGUGCACUCAUCCAUCGCUUCUUCCCGGACGCUUUCGACUUCUCAGCCCUGAGCUCAUCUGAGAGAGAGAAGAAUUUCACCCUGGCCUUCAAUACAGCAGAGACCAUGGCUGACUGCUGCCCCCUGUUGGAGGUUGGUGAUAUGAUCCUGAUGGGGAACAGCCCGGACCCUAUGUGUGUGUUCACCUAUGUCCAGGCACUCUGCCAUCACCUCUCCAAAAUAGAGAAGGAGAGGAAGGACAAGGAGGAAGAGGAGAGGAAGAGUGAAAAGAUGAAAGACGAAGAGGUAGAAACCACUGCAGAGAAGAAAGAGGAGGAGAGUGAGGAACCUGGGAAGAUAGAUGGUCAACAAGAGGAGGGAGAUGAGGGAAGGGAGAACGAAGUAAAAGAUGGGAAAGAGAACGAGAGUGAGGAGAGCUCAGCGGUAGAGAGAGAGCAAGAGGGAAGAGAAGUUAGAGGGUUAAUUGAAGCACAGGCUUAAGCUAAUGCUAAAGACAUGGAAAAGAGAUUCAAAUAAGCCACAUGAUGAAGUAUAGUUUUACAGUUUGGAACACGACAAGUGUUUAGCAUGUAUGAGCAUAAUUUCUUAAAGAGUGACACAUUACUACUGUAUAUUCAAAAGCUGGCUUUGUUAAGGUUUGGGAAUUAUACUCAGAUUCCAACAAUGUGUGUAAAUUGUAACCUGUUGUGACUUUUUAAACCAUAUUUAACACAUGCUGUGUUCUUUCCAAUUUCAUUAUCAUGUCUGUUGUGGAAGUUUGUGCACAGAAAAAAUAAAACGUCAAUGUAUAUUA